AGGUUAAUUUGCUGACAAUCUCGAUUUGUUGGCUUCCAUUUGGCGCUUGGCAGCCAAUCGCAUUGACUAGCGUAGCUCAUUCUUAUCCCAUUUUUCCUGCAAAACAAACCAUGGAGGAGCAGCUUCUCGCCACGGGCACCGGGAAGAAGGGAGACGACGAGAGCCCGGUGCUGAGCGAGGUGAAGAAGCAGCUGCGCCUCGCCGGGCCUCUGGUCGUCGGCUGCCUCCUGCAGAACGUGGUCCAGAUGAUCUCCGUCAUGUUCGUGGGCCACCUCGGCGAGCUCGCGCUCUCCGCCGCCUCCAUGGCCACCUCCUUCGCCAACGUCACCGGCUUCAGCUUGCUGGCCGGCAUGGCGUGCAGCCUGGACACGCUGUGCGGGCAGGCGUACGGCGCCGGCCAGCACCGCAUGCUGGGCGUGUACAAGCAGCGGGCGAUGCUGGUGCUGUCGCUCGCGAGCGUGCCGGUGGCGGCGCUCUGGGCGUACACGGGCCGGAUCCUGCUCCUGCUCGGGCAGGACCCGGAGAUCGCGGCGGGCGCCGGCGGCUACAUCCGCUGGAUGAUCCCGGCGCUGCUGGCGUACGGGCCGCUGCAGUGCCACGUCCGGUUCCUGCAGACGCAGAACGUGGUGGUGCCCGUGAUGCUCAGCUCCGGCGCCACGGCCCUGAACCACCCGCUGGUGUGCUGGGCGCUGGUGCACGGGCUCCGCAUGGGGAGCAAGGGCGCCGCGCUCGCCAACGCCGUCUCCUUCCUCACCAACCUCUCCAUCCUCGCGCUCUACGUCCGGCUCUCGCCGUCCUGCUCGAGGACCUGGACCGGCUUCUCCCGCGACGCCUUCCGCGGCCUCGCCGGGUUCCUCAAGCUCGCCGUGCCGUCCGCCCUCAUGCAUGGAGUGGUGGUCGUUCGAGCUGCUGGUGCUGCUCUCCGGCCUGCUCCCAAACCCCAAGCUGGAGACGGCGGUCCUGUCCAUCUGCCUGAACACCAACUCCCUGGCGUUCAUGGCGCCGCUCGGGCUCGGCGGUGCCAUAAGCACGCGCGUGUCGAACGAGCUCGGGGCGGGGCGGCCGGCGGCGGCGCGGCUGGCGGCGCGCGUGGUGAUGCUGCUGGCGCUGGCGGUGGGCGCGUCGGAGGGGCUGGUGAUGCUGCUGGUGCGCGACGUGUGGGGGUACGCCUACAGCAACGAGGCGGAGGUGGCCGCCUACGUCGCCCGGAUGAUGCCCAUCCUCGCCAUGUCCGUCGUGUUCGACGGCCUCCAGUGCGUCCUCUCAGGCGUUGUCAGGGGCUGCGGGCAGCAGAAGAUGGCCGCAUUCGGCAACCUCGGGGCGUACUACCUCGUCGGCAUUCCCGCGGCCUUCUUCUUCGCCUUCGUCUUCCACCUUGGAGGAAUGGGGCUGUGGUUCGGGAUAUGGUGCGGGCUGGUGGUGCAGAUGCUCUCGCUCCUCGCCAUUUCCGAGUGCGCGACCGACUGGGACAAAGAGGCGGUGAAGGCAAAGGACAGAGCCUUCACUUCUUCGCUGCCUCAAGAUAUGACGACGUGAGAAGCUCGAAACAUUAACGUCCGUCGAGACGCAGCAGCAUGGAACCGGCCGGAUGAUACUUUUGACGCCAAGCGAAAUUUAUCCAAAAAAACAUGCGUUGAUGAUUGGAUGGAAUGUAACAUGACAGGAAUACGAUACUGUAGCAGCCGAUCGAGUCGCUACGAACCAGCUGCAUUUGGGUUGGGGUGCCUUGAUCAGGAUCGACGCGUCCAUGGUCGAUGGCGUUGCUUCUAUUUUGGCCCGCAUCAAUUGCGUCUCAUUCGGACUUGCCAUUUGCGAUGAGGGGCACACACUGCACAUGGCCACAUCUUUGUUGCAACUCUGGAUUUUCACAGGCACACAUCUAAUAAAUAGAGUAUCAAAAAACGUCUUACGUCAUCGGUCAGAGGGAGUAAAAGAUUAACAAGCUACUAGUUACAUCGUUUACGUCCAGCAUCAAAGCUUCACAUCCAACACAAAGAAAAGACGUCAAACUCAACAAGAUUUCACUUCGCCCUUCCCCGCCAUGACAAGUCGGAUUUAGAGGUAAUUUUUGUCUUCUCAGCCUAUCGUCACCGCCAUCAAGGCCAUGGUCUCUCCGCGGCAAGAGGGGCUGAGAGUGAUCGACAUGGAGAAGAGGAGGAGAGGAAACCACACUUUGAUGUUGUUAUUAACUCAGAGAAUCAAGAUUUCAAUAUGGUUUUUGUAAUCAAAACACCUCUUUAGUAGAUUUUUCUAGAAACUUGCUAAGCUUUAUUGUUCAAAGGAAAUAUUUGUCGGAAUACAAACUGGGUCGUG